AUGUCAAGCGAUAAAUCAAAUAAGUGGCCACCAGAGGAUGAGGACCUACUUGUCCAACUUUUACUCCAAUGUGUGCAAAACGGUUCCAUUAUCCGAGGGACCGCGAAUAAGAAUUUGUGGGUGUCCCUAGCCAGUGCCAUGGCUCCGAGUGCGAGUAAAGUCUGGACUCCUGGCCAGAUAUCAUCGAAAUAUGGAAGGUUGCGAGACGACCACAGCGCCUUUUCUGCUCUGUUAAAUCAUGAAACUGGCUUUGGCUGGGAUCCAAUACUAAACACAGUUUCAGGCACCCCGACGCAAUGGGAGCGAGCGAAGAUGGUGGAUCCGAAAAUUGGUCGGUUCAAAGCAAAAGGGUGCCGUAACUAUGAGGAACUCGGGGUCAUAUUCAAUCGGUCCACAGCAACUAGCAUUCUCAGCCGGUCCUCCGCACGGUCCCCGCCAAACACCGAUGAGGAAGCAGAUCUUAUGCACCGUAUGCAAACAGAAGGCAUACACGUGUGGGAUGCUGGGGUAGGUUGUACAGGUCAACCCGAAGGUCAUCCGUCACCCACAUUUGUUGACCUUGACAGUCCGCAUGAUGAGGAGAUUGGUGGACCUUCGAUUGUUAGGGGUCGUCGUAGAGGGAAGGAGCCAAUGGUGGAGGCUACAAGGGGUAGGGAAAAUGCCCCGGCACGUAGUAUCGGAUUGGGCGUCAGCAUGGGAUCUUCAGGGAAAGGAUCCUCAGGUAAAAAAUCCUCCAGGGAAUCAAGAGCGAGUGUAAUUCGUUCGAAGCAGGCUCUGUAUGAUGAGAUGAAGGAGCUGGCGAUAGCAAGAAGAGAAUCCAUACAGCAGCAAAUUCCGGCGGACUUGAGUUCGACGCAACAUUUCAGCACUGGCAAAUCCGCACCUCCAAUAAACCAAGCAAUCGCCGUGCUUAAUGAGUUGCAGGAUGAAAUUACACUCGAUACUUACGUGGCUGCAUCAAUUCAGCUAUUAGAUGAAAAACUUCAAAACUUGUUUCUCCUUUGGAACAAAGAACACAGAUUGCUUUGGCUAUCAAAGGUCAAGCCCCUGGAUUGA